AUGUCUCCCACGAGGCACCUCCACUCCUUCGAGGAGCCGUCAUGGCGGUUUCCAAUUUCGCCCUUGGCCAAGCGAAUGUCAACAACGCCUGGCUCACGACUGUUCAUUUACACCGGCGUGCCCUAUAUCCCUGUCGAGGUCCUCCAUGCCAUCCAGGCCCCCAACGCGCAGAAUCCAGGCGUGUCGAAGAAUCUUGAGCCUGGCUCAACCCGAGAUGCCAGGAGUCCCUGUGCGAUGUUCGAAGCACUUCUGUGCCCUUUCGGUGACAUUGUGACCACGGUAUUCCAAGGAUGGCUAUGGCUUGUGGAUACAGCAGCUGUGCCCCGACCGGUGCAGAGCCGAAGGAGGACUGUGGUCUUCCGCGGCUUCCUCCGGUCUGACCACCUGGCGUCUGCAGCGGCGAUGUCCGCUCCGGCCGAUGGGAGCGACUCCGAGGAGGAGAGCCUCGCAGGUGGGCCGUCGCCUGAGGGCUCCCGUGACAGUUGCAUCAUCAUCCUGGUCACAGACUCGCGAUCUCAGAAAGUGCGCCAUGCACGGGCGAGUUUUCCAAAGGCGCCUGUGGAAAUAUGUUGGUGGCUGGACGAGGCGGCUGUGCAGUUCCGAAUAGCGGGACGGGCGCUGGUGGUAGAUCACAGCACCGCCGAUUCCCAGCUUUGUGCGGUUCGUGCAGCUGUGUGGAACCGAUUGAGAGCUUCGACGCGUGAGACCUUCCGCUGGCCAGAGCCAGGACAACCUCGCGACGAUGUUGUCGUCUCCAAUCCAGGUGAGCUGCGGAUGGAGGAUGCUCACUUUGCCGUCUUUCUGGUGCUUCCGAGCACCGUCGACGAGCUGCAGUUGGGUGGCCGGCAGCGUCGCCGGAUCCACAAAACUGCACCGCUGCCAGAG